AUGAAAGGAGAAAUAUUUGCUUCAACUUCACAAUUAAAUUUAGAUGUUCUUCUAGAUAAUGGGCAAUCUUUUAGGUGCAAAAAGGAACAAAAUCAAAAUUGUUGGAUUUGUGUAUUUUAUCAUCGUGUUUGGAGGAUAUGGAGAAUAGAUAAUGAAAGGAUUGGAUAUGAAGUUUGCCAUAAUUUUGACGAAGAAAUGAGGGAUUCUAAAGAUUUACUUGAAGAAUAUUUUCAGUUGGAUAUAGAUUUGGAACAACUUUACAAGGAGUGGGCUUCAAAGUGUAGUUAUUUUCGAAAAUUGAUUGAGGAGAAGGGGGAGGUUUUUAAAGGAAUUCGUAUAUUGAAACAAGAACCAUUGGAGGCUUUAUUUGCAUUCAUAUUCUCUGCUAACAACAAUAUUUCGAGAAUUUCAAGUUUGAACUAA